AACAGACUGAAAGAGGAACCGGUUAUUCCGAUAUCUACAUCUCAGGUAUUCCAAAAUCUUUAUUUUAAUUUCAACGAAAUUAUUUCUUUUUAUACCAUUCUAUUUUUUCAUUUUUAUCUUGGAAUAAUUCUUCACGAGAUGAUAAUGCGAGGAUCCACUCGCGAUGCCUAGAAGAUUAGGGCCACAGUUCCGGAUGGAUGAUCAAAUGCGGAGCUCAAGUAGACAAUAUAGAUUUUAUCACCAGUGCGCCGAUGGUUAUAUAUUCAAAUCAACAUUGUCGAAUGUGGAUCGUCACGGAUCAUACAAUUCAGGCCUUGGGGGGGUUUUGGGUACAUCCGUUAUAUUACAUGUGCAUAUGCAUCGAGUCAAGUAAAAUACUGCUUUAACGAUGCCGGAAUAUAUAAUACUAUAUAUAUAUAUAUAUAUAUCUGCGCAAGUGGGUCAUUUUGGACGAAGGGAUUCGUAAUAAAUGAUCUCGAUUCAAAGGAUUCGACUGCAUACUUUGUAACUCUUUCCAAAAAAAAAAUUCCAAGCUUCAAUGUCGGUGAAAAAUGAAUUUAAAAAAAGUAACAGGAGCUCGUUCUGUAAAGUUAAUUGUGAGAAAUGGUUAGAUUAAUGGCUAGAGAAGACAUUGAGAAACGGCUAAUUAGAAGACAUUGAAGAGGAUUCGUUCUGCAAUGUUAAAUUUCUAAUCUUCAAAAUCUGAGAUUGAGAAGCCUUUUUAUCCUCAAAAUACGGAUAGCAUGUUACGCUUUUUUUUACAAAUAAUUAAAAAAUAAUAAUUUUAAUAAAAGAUCAUUUAAUAAGCCCAAAGAUUAGAAAUUCGUAACUUAAAAAAUAAAAUCAAUUUCUUUCAAUUAGCAGAUUUGCAGGGAAAAAGUACAAUGUAUGACCGAAUGACAGCGAUUAAUAUCUUUACGAAGUACCUGUCUACAUUGUUGCGUUUUCGCGUGGAUUCGCCCGAUAUGGGGGGGGGAAUGUAUACCGGUGAAGGAAGUUAAUUCAGUCCAUGCACAGUAGUACCUUUGCAAACGGGCUCGACAAUCCGCCUCGAGCACGCGUGUUUUCCGCGUCUUCGACCCAACGCAAUUACGUAUCUGCCGCGAAAGAGGCUUGAUAUCACAUGUGCGGGAGCUGCGUGUGUGUAUAACGUAGGUCGAUUUAUUUAACCCUUUGAUUGCCACGGGCAGUUGUACACGUGUCCAAUCGGGCGCGAUCUCUUUUUAUCAGUGUAAAUGAAUAAUAAAGUAAUUCCAAUGGCACGCCGUUGUUGCUUCUUUCGGGAGGAACUGAAUCUGUCCCGCGUGUGUCUUCGAAAAUUAUCACUUUAAUUAAAAAUGUUAAUUUUAAAAUAAUAUACUUUUCUCGUUUAACAUGUAUUGUAAUUCGAGCACUGUGUGAUUUUCACGUUGUGUUCUCAUCCGAUCUCUUCGUCAUUGGAAAUUGUAUAAUCGAAGAGACGCUGCAACAAUAAUGAGAAACAUCUUUAACAUUCCUUGUGAGUAAAAUAUAAAACACUAAGUGACAUUCAAAAGUGAAAAAUGAUUUUUGCCUGCAUCAUCAACAUCACGGAAGACAGAGGAGAACUUUUAAUUUUACACUCUUUUUUUCUGCGUAUACGCAAGACUUCGCUUUGAUAAAAAACAAAUAUGCUAAUAGCCCUUAAGAGCAAUUCGAUAUGAAUUUAUCGCGAGGAUCAAAGGCGUCGUGGCCGGCAGCGUUAAUAUCAUUGAUCAUUGUCAAUGUUCGAUCAUGCGACGCCGAGACGAGCGGGGAAUAUCUUCAGAAAGUGAUGAUUGAGCUUCAGGAAUUAAAUGUGCCGUCUAACAGUCUGACGAUGCAUGAUCGAUUGUCGAUGAAUUUGGAUUAUCCGCACGCGGGCUAUCAUGCUCGUCCGGACAACACGUAUCGCAAGCUCAGCUCAGACAGUGCUCAUCAGGAUAUCAAGCAACAGGAUACGCAGAAACCGACUGCGAGCGUACCUGCCGACCUGACUCACUCCGCUGCGAACAAUAUAGCACAAUAUUAUGCGGUGCGCGACCCGACUGCCGCAGCCAGUUAUCCGAAGGUGAAGAAACCGGAGCCGUUGGCGUUUACGCGAGCAGAGCUCGCCGCACUGUACAAAAAGGCCUUGGAGAAAGGGUCAGCGAUCAGCGUCGCCUCGUUGACGCAGGCACUCAAUGCCGCGGGCGGCAACGGCAAUGCGCUGCUACCGGCAUCGCUGCUACCGGCAUCGCUGCCGCAGAUCGGCCAACUGCAGUCACCGACUAAAUAUCCGAUGUACAAUUAUUACUUCUUCCCGUUGAAAAGCUUCGCGUCCGAGUUGCAGCGGGAUCAACAUCAGGCCGCGAUUGCUCCAGUGUUUGCGGCCACGGAAACCGCAGAGAGCCCUCAGAAGCAGCUCAUGAACCCGCUCUUCGUGGCGAUCGGCACGUUUAUCAGUAUGGCGCUUCUGUUCAUGAUGAGCGUGCUGUUUCUGCCGAAACUGCCGCAAUUGCCGCAAUUCGAGCUUUUCAAUGCGCGCACCGACAACGACGACUUGAUGCGCCUAACGGCUUUGGUGAUGAAUGCUAUAGACGGACGCAAUCGUUGGAAAAAUUUUAGCACAGCUGGUUGAAAAAUGUGCGUGAUGUCGUAUGAAAUCAAAAUUACCGCAUUUUUAUGUUAGAAAUUGAAAGUAUCUGUAAACAUAUACAAAAGAUAAUUUAUAAAGAUAGUAUAUUAAAGAUAGUGAGAAUAAAAUAUUUUGAUCAAUCAUGGAACAGAAAAAUAGCGAAAAGAAUAUUUAAUGUAUAUAUUAAAAUGAAAUAAGUGUCAUUAAAAGAAUACUAUUAGUGCAUAUUUUCUUAGGAAUUUAAAUAUAUAAAGAUGUAAAAAAAUUGAAAGAGUAUUUAGAAUUAGCUGUGUUACGUUAAAUCGGUAAGGAUCAAUGUAAGAUCGGCGUUAACGAAAGUUAUUUAUUUAGUAUAACAUUGUCAUAUACUAUACUUUAUUUAAAAAAUGCGAUAAAUUUUUGUACAUAAAUAUUGAUAGUAUUAACCAUGAAGAUCAGUAACUAGAAAUAUGUCGAUGAGAAAAUACUAUUAAAUAGAACUAUGCGAGUCUACAAAUGUUGUGCUCUGUUGUAGUAUGUGUACUACAGUAACAAAGGAAGUAGAGAUAAAUAAUGCACUCCGAUUGCUCGGGGAAUGUGGACGUGUUACGUGUAUUACGUGUGUGCGUGUGCGAAAUAAAUGAACAUCACUUUCUA